AUGUGGCACGGCUUCAGGGCCAUGUGGAGCUUUUGGGCCUUGUGCAUGCUGGGGCGAGUUUGGAGCCAAAGUGCUCCAAACUCUCCUGACACGAGUUGCAUGUUGCAGUUCAUGGCAGCGCGUCACCUCGAUACCACCCAGGGCCCCGACUGCUCUUCCAGCGCUGACUGGACGCAGCAGUUGCGCGUGACUGCGCUGAACUUCUCGGGCAGCCUUUCGGGAGCACAGGUGUCGACAGGCUCCGAAGAUGAUGUGAACCUUCUGGCGUGGUCGCCUAAGACGGGAACGGUCCCCGGUGAUGUUCUAGUUUUCAACAACAGCAUUUGCUCGGACUUUGGAGGAUGGGAGUUGCAGGCGAACCUCACAGAAGUAGCAAGUCAGAACGUGACCUUGCCGUACGAUUGGGCAACGAACACGGCCCUGAGUAGUGAGAAGAUCGUCGUGGCCUUGAGCAUCGUGAGUCUUACGAGCACCACGCACACCUUCAAGUACGACGGGGCCUCAUGGGUUUUCUUGGGACGGCAAUCCUUUCCGGGCAUUCGCAGUGUGACCAUGGCUCUUGGAGGAGACUUAUUGGUCAUUCUGAACUCAGGGACUUUCCAGACUUUCCAGUUGCAAGGAUCCGUUUGGACACUUGUGCCCACCGCAGAGCUUCAGCUCGACACCGUCAGAUUCGCGACCGAUGGGAGGACUCUGACUGUUGAAGAAAGGAGCCCUGUUGUGCAACUCUCCGUCUACCAGUGGGCCGGCAGCUUGUGGUCAAACGUGGCAAACAUCUCCGCCCCCGCCGGCCCCCCAGUAGGGGGCCUCGGCUUGGACGUGGACGGAAACUACAUCAUCGCCGGCUGGAUUUUCCUAUCAGGCACGGCCCUUGAAUCAGUGACGGUGAUCUACGAAGAUCAAGGAGGGCUUUGGCCCGAAGUUUUCCGGAUCAGCAACGACGUUACACAACCGGCAUCGAUCUUCGGCAUCUCAUCCUCCGCAAGGGCCGUCGUGAAUUGCGCGGGUGCGCUGGGCUGCGCAGGGGUCACCAUCCUCGAGGUGACUCCCAACGGAACGUGGGCCGAGGUUCAGUCCUUCAACGAAUCGGAUCCCGAUGCCGUUAGUACUACGAGCGCAUCGAUAUCGGCGACUUCGCUUGCUCUUGCAGAGUGGAUACCAGUCAUACCCAACACCGAGUACCAGAGUGUCGGAAGGAUCUUUGGGUGCAAUGGGACCUCCUCGACCACGACAACCACCGUGCCUUUGCCGUAUUACCGGCCUUACUAUCGCAGACGCUGCCCUCCUCGAUGUCGUCGACACUAUCGCCGGCCACCCUGGUUUUGGUGGAGCUGCAAGCGCCUUUGUGGGCGCUAG